GUGCGUUCGUGAACGCGCCGUGCUGACGAGCCAUUGCUUUUGGAAACAGCUGGUGGUUUCUGUCAGCCAGCUCCUCGGAUUUAAAGCGGCGUAACCGCGAAUAAAAGUUGAAAUUAGAGCGGAAAGUGAGCGAACAGACCCCGGGUCGAGCCUCUGCUGCCGUUCCGACUCAGGCCGACUAAUGUCAGCCUGUGAACGUAGCUUUUUCGGGCAUUAACGGACCAGCUGUAGCUUGUUAGCGACGCUCCUCGCCUCUACCGGCUGCUGUCGUCAGCUAAACGCUGCCCCGCUGCUGCUUGACAGCUCAGAACCAGGCGUUAGCUCCGCGUUUUCCCCUUUAUUCUACCAUGACUCACAUUCAUUACAAGUUCUCCUCCAAACUCAGCUACGACACGGUGGUGUUUGACGGCCCGCACAUCACGCUCACCGACCUGAAGAGGCAGAUCAUGGGCAGAGAGAGGCUGAAAGCCGGGGACUGCGACCUCCAGAUCACAAACGCACAAACCAAAGAAGAGUACACAGAGGAUGAAGGUCUGAUCUCCAAAGGCUCCUCUGUUAUCGUCAGGAGAAUCCCCAUCAUUGGAGGCAGCAAGUCCAGCUCCAGCAGCAAGACCAACAAGAGCGAGCGAUCGGAUCUCCAGUUUCCCCACCACACCUUUGGAGUUGGCAGAGCUAUGAGCGACCAGAGUUCCACCAAAGCCUUGUCCUAUUUCUCCAUGAUGCAGAAAUCCAACCUGGCUGAUGCAGAUGUCUCUGAGGAGGAUAAAAUCAAAGUCAUGAUGAGUCAGUCCUCUAUGAACUUGAACACAAAGCCUGGCACCGUCCUACCAGAAAACUACACCUGUUACCGCUGUAGAAAUACCGGACACCACAUCAGGAACUGCCCAAUGAAUGGGCAGGAUAAAAACUUCCAGGGUCCUCCCAAGAUCAGGAAGAGCACAGGAAUUCCUAACUCGUUACUGGUUGAGGUGAAGGACCCCAGCAUUAAAGGAGUCAUGCUGACCAACUGUGGGCGCUACGCAAUUCCCGCCAUAGAUGCUGAGGCGUACGCUGUCGGUAAGAAGGAGAAGCCUCCGUUCAUCCCACUUGAACAACCUAAAUGUGAAAGCAAGGGGGACCCGGUACCGGCUGAGUUCCUGUGCCUGAUGUGCCGCGACCUGCUGGGGGACGCUGUGGUCAUACCCUGCUGUGGAUCCAGCUACUGUGAUGAUUGUAUUCGCUCCGCCCUGCUGGACUCGGAGGACCAUGUGUGUCCCACAUGUGGCCAAUCAGAUGUCUCCCCUGACACCCUGGUAGCCAAUAGGUUCCUCAGACAGGUUGUUAAUAACUUUAAGAAAGGACAAGGCUGUGCCAAGAACUCUCCUCCAGCAUCGACUUUGGGUCCCGCCCUCCCUCCUGUUGGCGUUCAGAGCCAACUCCAAAAGCCUCCGAGUUCCGAUGCUCCCCCUGAAGCAGCAGGUGCCGCCUGUGCCGAGACCUCGUCUAACACAUCUUUAAAUACUACGGAAAGCCAAGCAGGCAUAUCUAAUGAAGAAGUGUGCACUACUGGUAAGGAAACCGAAGACCCCAUUCCGGCUGAGUUCCUGUGUCUGAUAUGCCGAGACCUGCUGGGGGACGCUGUGGUCAUACCUUGCUGUGGAUCCAGCUACUGUGACGAUUGUAUUCGCUCCGCCCUACUCGACUCAGAGGACCAUGUGUGUCCCACAUGUGGCCAAUCAGAAGUCUCCCCUGACACCCUGGUAGCCAAUAAGUUCCUCAGACAGGCUGUUGUUCAUUUUAAGAACGGGCAAAGCUUUGCCAAAAGCUUGGGUAAGGGUUGUGUCGCCUCGCAGUCCAAGAAUUCACCUCCAGGAUCGACUCCUGUUCCUACUCCGCCUCCUGUUGGCGUUCAGACCCAACUCCUAAAGCCUCCUCAGUCGCCCUGCAGCCAGAAGGAGUCUCUCCUGAACCAUCUAAACACUGAAAACUCUCCACCGUUGCCUCAGAGUUCGGAUGUUCCCCCUGAAGCAACAGCCACUGAGAAAUCUGCCACCACUGAGAACUCGUCUAGCACGUUUUUACCUCCUACGGAAAGCCAACUAGAGAUAUCUCAUGAUGGGAAUGAAGGAAAAACGGGUGAUGAUUCAGCAGCUGUCCCUCACUCUCUGUUGCCUCCUGACAAAACUGCCUCUGAUGUUCCAGAUAAUCAUGAACCACAGGUUAGUGGUACGGAGGUGACGGAUCAGCUUCAGACAGCUGAUGUGAGUCAGAGAAACUCGUCCUCAGAUUCAACCUUUAAACCAGCAAACCCCUGGAGCGACACCUCCUCAUCCGGCGGUCCCACUGGAAGCUUGACCGGAUCCAACACCCAGCAGCGUCUUACGACCUCCUCCCCACCCUUCCCUUCAUACGCCACCACAUCUUCGCCUCUCUUUCCCUCCCCUCCUGUUCACACCUUCCUCCCCACUCACCAGCUUCCAAGCACUUACUCUCCAGCAUACGCCCUAACCACGCCCACCUGGAAGCUUCCAGCCCCCCUGGGUGCUCCGAUCCCGUCCCUCUGCUCCUCUACCACCACACCCUCAGUCCCCGUCCUUAUUCCCAAGGAGUGGUACAGGUAUCAGAGAAUGCAAAACGAAAGGUCACCUCAGAGACGGUUCUCCUCUUAUUCUAAUCCCAAAUCCUCCAAAUCCAAGUCUUCCCGCUCCUACUCUCCAUCAUCCAGUCGCUCCCGCUCCAGAUCGAGACCUUUCUCUCCACACUCCACCCACAGAGACUCUCACCCCCACUCUAAUCCCUCCACUUCCUAUGGGUACAAACGUCCUCACUCCUCCACACCAUCUUCGUCCUCUUCUUCUCGAGGCGGUCAUUCCCAAUCCAGGUCAUCCUCACAGCACCGGAAGAGCAGACAUCACAGAAAGAGGUCGUCUUCAAGUAGCCGCAGCUCGAGGAGGUGUAAAGGGGCAGAACGCUCUCCAUACGAUAUCAGCAGCCUGGAGGUGGAGAGGCAGAGCUACCUGCAGUGGAAGAAGGAUUACCAGGAAUGGUAUGACAAAUACUUCAGCACCUUCAUCAACCAUUUCCACCAAAUGCUUCUUCCUCCUCCCCUUCUACCUCCACCUCCUCCUCCUCCGUAUCCUCCGUUCUCUUUCUGCCCACCCCCACAUGAUAGCCACUCAUCCAGGCUGGAUGUUUGCUCUCCUUCAUCUGAGACCUCCAGUUCCCAACGCUCAUCUCCUUCUCAUUCCUCAAAUGACUUCCACUCCAUGGCGUCUCAUCACUCCAAUGACAGCCCUUUGCCUUACAAAGCCAACGACGGCUAUUCUUCACCCUCUGAGUCAUCCAGCGACGGUCACUCCGCACCAUGCCACAGCCGAGCUAAGCUGAGGGAGUUUUCGGACAGCUGCAAGGAAAAGUCCAGGCCAGUCACAAAAGGCAGCGAGGGAGCAAAUUUGCAGGACCUAAAACAAGACCAGAAUCAGCAGAUCUUUAAAACCGGUGGCACCUCUGGCCAGCUGAGUCAUGGGAAAAAGCAGAAAAAAAUGGAAGCAGGAAGAGCAAAAGAUUCAUCUGGUUUAGACUCAACGUGCGACCUCAGGCAGGAGAAGAGGAGGCGAUACGAUGGCCCAAGUACCCACAAGGACGGCCCUUCAGUUCGACACAAAGAAUCUGUAGGAGGCGACUUGAAAUCAGUCCACCCAACCCUGGAAAAAGACCAAAAUAAUCACGCAAGUAAAGCCAACAAGGAUAGUCGUUUAGGAAAAGAGCAAAGAAGGAAGAGCGGUCAAGAUACCGACUGUAGACGAGCCACAGAGAGAGAAAACAAAAAGAAGCCGUGCAACGAUCUAGCUCCAGAGAGAAGAGGACAACUCGGUGGAAGCAAAUCUCCAGAGUUCAGGUCAGAGGAGAAUCAAAAAAGAAAAUGGGAGGAAACUGAGAAAAAUGUGAAAGAAAGUCCAACUCAAAGAUGUAAAGGCCCAAAGACUAGAGCAGCAGAACCUCAAAGAUGUGACAGUAAGUGUGUAAAGCCACCUGCCAGAGAAACGCAAAAACCAGAGGAGAUGAAACCCCGGUCUGUGGCUCAAAAAAAUGUCUGGGAGGGAGGACUAAAGGUGCUUCCUCAGAAGAAGAUAAGCAUCAACAUCAACCUGGAUGUGAAAAGGCUGGAGGACACAUCUGGACAACAGAACUCCUCUAAAGUAGACGUCCGUAUGCAGGAAAACAAGGAGCAGACUGGCGACGAGAAGAACAAAGAACCUUCAGACACAGAAGUUGAUAGAACAAAGGAAUCAAGUCCAGGAAGUUAUGUAACUACAGAGGAGCUCACAUGUGUCCUAGAAGAAGUUAGAGAGAAUAAAGCAGCAGCAGAAGAAGAGGGUAGGGAAAACAAAGAAAUGGAAGAUGUGGACCUGUGGCACUGUGCACUCUCAGGAGUGAAGGAUGAGGAGGAGGACCACAUGAUGGGAAAAGAAGAAACACUGAAGAGAACACCUAGAGAAACCAGAGAAGAACCACGACGCUCCAGCUCAAUGACAAACAAAUCCAGCAGCCUUCAUGAUGGAUUCAGCAUCACAUCAAAGCGUGACAGAAGCUCUUUGGGUAGCGGUGGCGUUGGAGGGAGUCGAGAAAAGAAGACGGUGGUGAAAAGGCUGGAGGGAAACUUCCCGGGGCAAGCUCAGUCCACCCAGAACCAUCUUAAACAGAUUUCUCAAUCUAAAUCAACAAAUGAUGAAAAACAAGCGAUCGUCGGUGACACCGACACUUCAGCCCGACCAACCAGGAGUCACAUGACGGGAUAUAAUGAAAAAAAAAAACAGCAAUCCACCUUUGGAGGACGAAACCGGGACAGCGUUACACUGAGAGGCAGAGAGGAGAUGAAAGAGCAGCGCUGGAGUGAGAACAGGGGGAUGUUGGCUCCCUCUGGUGGAGGCGGUGGAGCCGACAGCCCUCUGUAUGCUGAGAGAGACGGAGAAAUCAGGACGGAGAGGGAGAAAGAGAGGACGAGGGAGGGUGAAAGGCUAAAGGACAGCAAAAGAUUGAGACAAGGAUCAUGGGGGGAUGAGAGGAAAAGAGAUUGUGAUGCUUCUGUGCAAAACAGAAAUCACAUCUCAUCUUCCUCUGUGUCGUGUGACAGAGAGAGGAGAGACCAGCUGAGAGGGGACGAGCAAAGCCGUACGAGGUUUUCCAAUUCCAGCCGGGAAUCCGUCAGAGAAAUCCCCUCAGUAAGCAGAUACGCCCUCCAGCCCAGUCACAACUUUCCCAAAAGGGACAGAAAGCGCCUGUCAGCAGAGUACAGGGAUCAAAGCAGACCUACAAGGAUCCAACAGUCCCCACCGUCCCUGUUCCACUGCCACAGCGCCGACCAAUUCCACGUCCUCGUCGAGCCCUCCAUGAGCUUCGAGAGAGAGUUCUCCCACUGGGAAUUAACCCGAAACAGCAGGACGCAGAAACGAGAGCCAGAAAAGGUUCUUAAAACGAGAGCGAAGGAAACUCCAGUGUCUGGCCGCGUAAGAGGAGAGAGUCGGUGGGAGGACGAGGCCUCUAAACUGGACGAGAGGCGGAGAUCCAGCAGCGACAGCAACCGCUCAUCAUCGAGACACUAGAACGACAAAGAUGACGAGAGAAGAGGGGAAAACGGAAGAAACCACAAGGACAGAAGGAAAUGUCAAUAAAAAAUACAUGAGUGGGUUUUUUCUUCUGUCAGAAAAAAAAAAAGCCUUUAAUUAUGUUUUCCUGUCUCAGACCAAAACGUGCCUGGACCUGUUCCUUAAGCUUUAAACCAGGAGGAAAAGCACUUUAUACCAAACACGAAUGUGACAAGAAUCCAGUGUCGACACAGCGCUUUCGACUUUACGUUUCAGGCACCUGAACUUCCUUAUGACGGCCAGCAGCGACCGAUCCUGUGAUUUCAUUAUCGAAUGCGAAACAAACUGUGAUUAAUUCAGUGCAGAUACUGUGAAUGUUUGAUUUCCACCUCUGUGUUUUUCUCUUUAAUUUUGUAAAUAUCUAAUUUAAAAGUGGCUGCUGAAUGGAUUAAUAAUUUAACCAGAGUGAGGAAAUAAAGAAAUCAUACAUGA